GCCCCGGAGAGCCGCCGUCGCUCCGUCCUGUGCCGUCCGAGGGGUUUUUGGAGCUUUAGCGAAGCCAGGACGGUCCCUCUUCCUUGAAUGCCGCGUGAAAUGGGUUUCCUGGGCAGGCUGGCGGUGCUGCCAAAACUUGCGGCGGCGGGCCGGGCCGGCGGGGCCUGGCGGCGGCGGGGCCAGCCCUGCGCGGGGGUCCCGCUCCCGGGCCGCGCCGCCGCUGCCCUCCGCCUGCCGCCCGGCGGCCGCGCCGCCUCCUCGGGGGCGCUGGGCGAGUAUGAGAAAGUUUUCCGGUCCUCCGUGGCGGAGCCCGAGAAAGUCUGGGGAGCAGCCGCCGAACAGAUCCAGUGGGACAAGCCCUGGGUCCGGACUCUGGAGAGGGGCAGCGCCGGGAGCGCUUCCUGGUUUGUAGGUGGAGAGCUGAACAUCUGUUACAAUGCUGUAGAUCGUCAUGUUGAGAAUGGCCGAGGAGACCAAGUUGCCAUUAUUUUUGACAGUCCUGUAACAAAUACCAAAGAGAAGAUAACAUAUAAGGAACUUCUUGAGCAGGUCUCCAAGUUAGCUGAUGUCAUGAUCAGACACGGCGUGAAGAAAGGAGAUCGUGUGGUCAUCUACAUGCCGAUGAUUCCACAGACAGUGUACUGUAUGCUGGCUUGUGCAAGAAUAGGAGCCAUCCAUAGCCUGAUUUUUGGUGGAUUUGCAUCUAAAGAGCUUUCCGUUCGCAUUGAUCAUGCAAAGCCCAAAUUUAUUGUAACAGCUAGUUUUGGAGUAGAACCGAAAAGAAAAGUGGAAUACAUAUCUCUCCUAGAAGGAGCACUGGCAAGAGUACAGAGCAAACCUGAUAAAGUUCUCAUUUAUAAGCGACCUAAUUUGGGCCAUGUUCCUCUUACCCAAUGUCGUGAUCUUGACUGGGAAGAAGAGCUUUCAAAAGCACAGUGUUCUAAAUGUGUCUCAGUUCCCUCAGACCAUCCACUUUAUAUUCUGUAUACAUCUGGAACAACAGGCUUGCCCAAGGGUGUUGUCAGACCAACAGGUGGCUAUGCAGUUAUGCUAAACUGGACAAUGUCAGCUGUAUACGGACUCCAACCUGGUGAGGUGUGGUGGGCAGCUUCUGAUUUAGGCUGGGUUGUUGGUCAUUCCUAUAUUUGCUAUGGACCUCUCCUUCAUGGGAAUACUACAGUUUUGUAUGAGGGGAAGCCUGUGGGAACGCCAGAUGCUGGUGCCUAUUUCCGUGUGCUAGCAGAGCAUGAAGUAGCUGCCUUCUUUACUUCACCAACUGCAAUUAGAGCAAUCCGUCAGCAGGACCCUGAGGCAACCUUGGGAAAGCAGUACUCUCUGAAAAGGCUCAGAACGUUAUUUGUAGCUGGUGAGCACUGUGAUGUGGACACGCUAAAAUGGUCAAAAGAAGUUUUCAAGGUACCUGUCUUGGACCACUGGUGGCAAACUGAAUCUGGUUCUGCAAUUACUGCUUCCUGUAUUGGUUUGGGAAACUCUACAACACCUCCACCCGGACAGGCAGGAAAAGCCGUGCCAGGAUAUAAUGUGAUGAUUCUGGAUGAAAAUAAGGAACCAGUGAAGGCCAAGACUUUGGGAAAUAUUGUGGUAAAGUUGCCUUUGCCUCCUGGAGCAUUCUCAGGUCUUUGGGAAAAUGAAGAAACGUUCCAGAAGUUAUAUUUCCAAAAAUUUCCAGGAUAUUAUGAUACUAUGGAUGCUGGCUAUAUGGAUGAAGAUGGCUAUUUAUAUGUCCUGUCUCGAGCUGAUGAUGUGAUCAAUGUUGCUGGACACAGAAUUUCAGCAGGUGCGAUUGAAGAGUGUAUUCUCUUCCAUCCCGCUGUGGCAGACUGUGCUGUUGUGGGCCAGGAGGAUCCUUUAAAAGGACAUGUUCCAUUUGCGCUGUGUGUACUCAGACAAGGUAUAAAGACAGAAGAGCGUAAGAUUUUGAAUGAAAUUGUUGAGCAAGUUCGAACUAACAUUGGCCCUGUAGCAACUUUCCAGAAGGGGAUGUUUGUGAAACAGCUACCAAAAACACGCUCUGGCAAGAUACCACGUUCAGCUCUUUCUGCACUUGUCAGUGGAAAGCCAUACAAGAUAACACCAACCAUUGAAGAUGCUAGCGUGUUUAAACACAUUGAAGAACUGCUAAAGAAAAAUUAAAUGGGUUAAUACAUCAAUAACAAACAUUUUAGUUACAGAAGUAUACAAAGACACUUUCUGUUAAGAUUACCACAUUUUAAAAAGUAGUCAUGAUUUGGGACAAAGUGUUUUCACUGCAGAAACAUUACUGUGUUCUUUACCAUCUUGUCACAGCCAAUGACACAUAGUAAAGUCUCUGCAUGUCGUGAACAUAUGCUGGUUAUUAAGAUGGCUGAAAAUUCCACACAGAAUUCAUACAUUUCUCUAGUCUUAAAAGGGAGGAGUCAUGGGAUUAUAUAUAUAUAUAUAUAUAUAUAUAUAUAUAUAUGAUGUCAUGUAACCUUUCAAUCCGUUUUUGUGUAAUGUGACCAGUAACUUGAGUUUGGCUACAACAGCUUACAAAAAGUAAGUCAUGAACUGAGCACAGCAAUAAAUAGGAAUUCUAUUGUGAAAAUUGCUGAAGACAUAAAUUGUUCUCACUUGUAAAUUAGAAACCUUUAAAAUGUUUUAAUUUUUCUAAAAUUAAGAAUUUUAAAAUUAAUUUUCUUGAUUCCAGUGAUUUCUUUUUUCCCUUAGACUUUCUGCUAUAAAUUAGAUUCCUAUAAUUUUUUUACUCAUUAACUUUCUGAAGUGUCAUUUUGUAAUACGAUAAAUAUUUUCUGGCUUUCAAGUCUGUGGAAAUCUUGAUUUGUCCACAGUAAUAGUCAAUAAUACACAUAUAUUUUAAAUAAAGGCAGGCACUUACUCUUUGCAUUUCUGAUAAUUUUUUUGUUGUGGUUUGUAUCCCUUAUGAUAAGGAUAAUCAGAAUGUGCUUUUGCUGAGGUAUAUAUAACCAAGAAAUUUGCAAAUACAGAUACUAAGCAGCUUAUCCUGGAAUUUAUAGGCUAUUUCAGAAUAGUUACAGAGUUCUUAAUAAGCCAGGAGAUGGAGGAUACACUCUUUACAUACUUCUCAAGCUGCAGGUUUUUAAUUGAAAAAUAAAUGUGAAAAUGCUUUAAAAAAUAUGCGUAUACAGAAAAGUUUAAAAGCAGAGAAGUUACUCAAACUCAACAGUGCUUUCCAGAGGAAGAAACAAUAAGUAAUGCAUAAAUUCAGAUGAUGUUGAUAUAUGAGAGGUCCUCAAAAGAGUCCAGAAAUACUGCUGUGUGCUGGUGGAUAGAGUUAAGGAUGAUAUCCCUGUAAAGGGAUGAAAUAAACCAACAGAUUGAUGUAGGAGAUAAAAGGUGAUUGAUAGGUGCUACUUACUGUGAGCCAUACCUGAUGGUGCCUGUGAUCUUUUGUAGAGUUGGUGAGCUCUACUAGUUGCAUAAGAACUACAUAAGGACAUAAAAUGUCCUUGUGUUUUUUCACUAGGGACUGCAUACAGCACAGCCAGUCACGUAGAACCAGCCUAGCUUGAGUCUGUGCUGAUCUUGUUUUUUGCCAAAUCACUGUAUAAGGUAGGGCCCUCCCCAGCCCACCACCCCUGCUCAGUUAUUCAAUGUAGUUGCAAAUCUCAAUCUGAACAGAGAGUAAAACAUGUUGUGAGAGGCUAGACUGUUAAUGCUAAUGGCUCUAAGAAUCAUCAGGGUGCUUUGCUAACGGUGCUGUACUUCUGAGGCAGGAUAACUUCAGCUUUGGUCACAAGAUCUGGCUCAUUCUUUUCCCCAACACAUCUCAUUUAACCCCAUCCCCUAAGUUUUAGUGUGGGUUUACAAGGGAACGUGUAUUCAUAUGAUACUGCAACCAACGACAAUGGUGUUUGCAUUGUUCUACUUUGUGAUAUUCUACUCUAAAAUAAUCCAGGAGGCGGCUGAGGGAGGAAAGGGAGAAAGAACAUCAGGAACGAUGUCGGUCAAGCCUGAGGAACUGUAUUUACAAGAGCCCUGGCUUUAUACAGUUAUAACUCUGCCAUCAUAUCGCACCCAUCAGCAAGUUCAGUGCUCCCUCUCGUGGCGGAUUCUGACCAGUAACUCCAUCGUGAUUCAGACCUGUUCGUGUCAAAAUGUGCUUAUGCGUAGCUAUGAGAAGCAUCUGGUUUCCAAAUCUAGUGCUCCUACGUACCAAGUUUAAUAGACUUAUAAACACAAAUAGCACUGAAUUCUUUUUUUUAUUGACAUUGGGGGAGAAAAAUUGUUCACCAUCUGAUUGACCGAAGUUUGCCAAAUGAAAAUAGACAAAACAAAUGUUUAUGUACGUGCAAACAUUGCAGAUCAAACUGCUAAAAGAAAUAACUAAAAGACAGGUCUUGAGCUAAGAUCAAGCAGCAGAAAAAUAGCAAAUAGGUAAAUGACUAUUAAGUAGGUCUUACUUUGAAACUUCCCAUUUAAACAAA